CUCGUGACCGUACAACUACCCUCUCUUUCUCGCUCUAAAAUCUCUCUCUCUCUCUCUAAUCUAGGGUUUCUGUUCGCACCAAUGGCGUGCAUUUCCACUCCCCCCAAACCCUAGAAUUCUCAACCUUUUUCAAUAUCUCUUUCUGCAAUCUAGGAUUGAUGUUCGCUGUCGCUAUUUGAAAGUCGCCGCCGAAAUGGAGGGAGCAAGCGGCAGUAGCAGCGCCGUGAAUAGUGGUGGUGGUCCGCCUCCUCAUCCGAUUCCGAAUUCGAAUGCGCCGCCACCGUUCCUUAGCAAGACCUACGAUAUGGUCGAUGAUCCUGGCACUAAUUCGAUCGUGUCCUGGAGUCCAACCAACAAUAGCUUCGUGGUUUGGAACCCUCCCGAGUUCGCAAGAGACCUUUUACCGAAGUACUUCAAGCACAACAAUUUUUCGAGCUUUGUGAGGCAGUUGAACACAUAUGGAUUCAGGAAGGUUGAUCCAGACCGUUGGGAAUUUGCAAAUGAGGGAUUUUUGAGGGGUCAAAAACACCUAUUGAGGAAUAUAAAUCGGCGAAAACCUGCCCAUGGACAUAAUCUUCAACAGCCACAGCAAUCACAUUCACAGGGUUCAUCAGUUGGAGCUUGUGUAGAGGUGGGCAAGUUUGGGUUGGAGGAAGAGGUAGAAAGGCUUAAAAGGGACAAAAAUGUGCUUAUGCAGGAACUUGUUAGGUUGAGGCAACAGCAACAGACAACUGAUAACCAGUUGCAGACCAUGGUGCAGCGCCUUCAGGGAAUGGAGCAGCGACAACAACAAAUGAUGUCUUUCCUGGCAAAGGCUGUGCAGAGCCCUGGCUUUUUGGCGCAGUUUGUACAGCAGCAAAAUGAGAGCAACAGACGCAUAACUGAGGCCAACAAGAAACGGAGGCUCAAGCGGGAAGAUAUUGCUGAGGGUGAGCAUUCUGCUGCUCCUUCUGAUGGCCAGAUUGUUAAGUACCAGCCAUUAAUGAAUGAGGCCACUAAAGCAAUGCUCAGGCAGAUGGUGAAAAUGGAUACUUCUGCCUUUAGCAACGAUUCUGAUAAUUUCUUGAUUGGUGAUGUUUCCUCAUCAUCCAAUGGAGUUGAGAAAGGGGGCUCUUCAACCUGUGUAUCGGGUGUGACUCUUCAAGAGGUCCCACCAACUUCUUUGCCAGUUGCUUCGGGAGUUCCAAGUCAUGACCCCUCAGCUCCUAUAUCUGAAAUUCAAUCUCCCCCAGAUAUAUGCGCACUGGUUGGGGCACAAGAAGCAGUGCCCAUCUCUAUUGCCCAGCCAGAUGUAAUAUUGCCCGAGUUAUCUCAAAUACCAGAAAUGUUGCCGAAAAGUAUUGUGGACAUUCACAAAGAUGAUUAUGUGGGACCCCAAUCAGGGAAUGUUGAAUUCAUGGAUCCUAUUUCAUUGGGAAUUGAUGGAGCAAUGCCGAUAGAUAUCGACAACAUCUCUGCUGAUCCUGACAUAGAUGCCUUGCUAGAUGCAAGUUCUAACUUUUGGGAGGACCUCCUUGUGGACAAUGAUGAGGUUGAAUCAACUCCACUUGAGGACACUACCAAGGGAAAUGAAAUGCAGCCAUCAGAAAAUGGAUGGGACAAAGCGCAGCAUAUGGCAAAGCUUACAGAACAGAUGGGCCUUCUUACAUCGGAUGCAAAAAGGAUUUGAUCUUUGUUCACGUGUACAUUAGGUAAACCCUGGAAUCAAAGCUAAUCUAGGCUUUAUAAUCGUGUCAUGGUCUUUUGUUGCCAAUAUUGAGGGGAGCCAAAAACCUUGUUUAGCCUUUCUCCAUGGUUUUAAAGCUAAUCUAGGCUUUAUAAUCGUGUCAUGGUCUUCUUAUAUGCCAAUAUUGAGGGGAGCCAAAAACCUUGUUUAGCCUUUCUCCAUGGUUUUGUUUUGCACAUACGGGUGGGGACCUAGUUUCCAUUUUUACCUAAAAUUUUCCCCGCCUGCGUUGGUGCAAAGUCUCAACUGAACUCAAAGGGGCUUUUCAGCUGUGCUAUGUGUAAUCCUUAGGACAGGUUGAUGCUGUGCUUCAGGUAGAUGCAGCAUUUAAUUAGAAUUGUUGUUUGUUCUUCUUGUAGUCCUUACAUUUUGGUUUAAUUUCUCAUCUGUAAAUACCUUUUUUUUUUUUUUUUAAUGAUUAUGUGAAAACCCUUUUGAAUAA